ACAUAAUAAACAUUUUACACCCUAUAUAAGUAGUGCUGUAAAUCUCCGCUCUUUUCGAAAUUUAUUGUUAAUAAAUUAAAUUAUUUUUACUAAAUUAUGACGAGCCUGCGAGAAAUGCGAUUUGAUGAUUUGUUUAAAUUUAAUUCGUUGGUCUUCGAUGCCCUAACCGAGGUGUAUAGUUUGACAUUCUUUGUAGAGCACCUCCUGGAGUUUCCAGGACUUUCCCAGAUCGCCGUGGCUCCAGGUCCCGAGGGCAGACGUAUGGGCUAUAUCUUUGGGAAGAAAGAGAACCUUAGCAAAAAGUGGGGCUCGCAGGGUCAUAUUUCCGCGCUGACUGUGUCCGCGGAGUAUCGACGUCUUGGUGUGGCCACCGCCUUGAUGAACUACUUCUACAAGGCUCUGGAUCUCAGAGGUGCUUCCUGCAUCAACCUUUUUAUGCGAUGCACUAACCUGGUCGCUUAUCAUCUAUACUGUUCCCUGGGUUAUGUACAUCAGCGAACUGUGUUGGAUUACUAUCCGGAGCCGGAGAAUGCUUUUGAAAUGAGAAAGUACAUACGACGGCCAAUGGAGGUUCAAGCACCAACGGCAAUUAGGUAAUGAGCAGGACUUCCCAGAUACGCAGCAUCUGUAUUUGAAAUAAAUUUUAGCUUCAGCUAAUUAAAAAAA